AUGCCUUUCCAAGUCACCGUGGUAUUCCUGCGCAAGUAUCCACUAUCAACAUCACCAACCACCUUCACCAUACAAGCAAACGACGUGUCCUCCAAGCUAAAGAGCAAGGACCUUCAAAAACCUGCUUCAAUAUAUACUUCGCGCAAACAGAACUUUCUUGAACCGGUCCUUCGAUAUCUUAUAGGUUCCAUCAGCUGGGAAGAAGCCACUACUUUCUACGAUGAUGUUCAAGACGAUAAUUUUUCGAGUACCAUCCAAGAAGCACCUUCGCCGGAGGAUAAAUUGCCAGACAUAAGUAAGAAAAAUUAGCCUGAGUUUAGACUUCCACUAACCGUGUUCUUGUGUAGCUACUCUUGCUCUACCGUGCCGAUCACUUCGAAUCGGUUCAUGGAACCCGGUUAAGGGAGUUGCGAUGGACCUUACCCUCCUCUCCUUUCCAGCAAUCAGUAUGAUAUCAUAUAACAUUAGGGAUGCCGAUGUUGAUUACAUGAUCGAGUAUCCAUUCUCCUCAGUCAAACGGCUCAUGUUUGCCCCUAAUGAUUCAAACAAAGAAGUUGAAGAGUCCGAAAGAAUAGGACAUAUUGUCCUACAACUUCAAAGACCACCUAACUUUACUAGGAGAUUUGGUUCUGUCUGGCAAGGAUGUGGUGAUUUCACGACAAGCCAACAGGCAUCCAAAUGAGAGAGAUUUCAUUCGUUUUUCCUCGCAUUCUAGAGUUCCUCUCACAGAUGAUCACAGUUCUUCUGGUCAGCAAUUUCAGACCCCGGAGAAUAACUCCCAGGAUGAGAAUAAUGAAAUCGCAAAUCUGGUUGCGGAAUCGAAUGAGCUAAAAGAAGCCACUGACAAGAAGGAUUCGACCACGCAAAAAUUGGUAAAAGUUUAUGAGCUUCAAGGUCUCGAUUGGAUUCAAUUGGGCUCAGGAAACUUUACCUGGAGGUUAAUGUACAACAAGAGCACCCACAAUAUGGACAUGCGUGUGACGGUCAGUUCAAACGACCACAGAAACCUGUUCAAGGCAUACAUCACUACUACAGUUGCAUUCAAGAAGGAGCAAGACACCGCUAUCAAAUGGAAGGAUCCUUCUUCCGGUGCCGAGUUUACCAUUAGCUUCCCAGAAGCCGAAAGCUGCACUCAUGCAUGGAAUCGUAUCAAUGGCAUCCAAGAAAGACUUCUACGACGGGCGGCGCUAGACAGAAGCUCAGAGGCGGAAUAUGUACUUUGGUCACACCCCCGAUAUGAAAGACCGCUACCCUGGGCAGUAGAUGAACAGAAAACGGAAGUAUUUGAGAUGUACAAUGGUUGGGAGAGUAGAGGAACAGGUGACUGUGUUGCUAUCAUGUGGCCCACCAAAUCUACUAAACGACCACUGGAACCACGUAUCUCUAUUAUUUCAGAGGGUUCAGACGGUUCAGAGCUAACAUUUUUCGAGGCUAUCGUUCACCCAGGGAGGGAGUUUGCGAGUUUUGAGGAAUCUGAUACCAUUUUUUGGACAGACCCAAUCACUGAGGUCCAACUUGCCUUUCAUUUCGAAGACAACUACGGUAAACAGCUCAUAUGGGACUUUAUUGUUGAAUUUCAGGGACAGCAACUUCGAGAAGAGGCAGAGAUAGAUGAGUUGGGUGUGGAGCAUGAAGAGCGAAAUGCUCACAGUGAAUUCGAACAGGACUCUAAUCGUAAACUGGAAGUCGUUGUCUUUGAAGUGCGAGACAAUGGAAAGUAUCUGACUAGAGGCACGGGAGACUUUGAUCUCCUGGAUCAACAAUCCUGUGUGCGAAUUAGGUCGAUGCUCCAUUCAGAUGCCAUUUUAUUUGAAGAAAAAUGCGGGCAGCCAACCCAAUUUCGGAAGCAGCAAGAUCUGACCAUCACUUGGUCGGAUUCAGAGGGCAGGGUCAAAUUUCAUCUCAAUUUCACACAUGCUAAAGAUCGCUUUGUGGCAUGGGAACUUCUCACGCGCUUCCAGGGACUACAGAAGAGGAGCACGGAGGCCGAGAACCAAGCGAGUCCUACUGAAGAUGUUGAUACAUCAGAAGGGAAACUAGACGAAGGAAAAGGGGAGGAAGACCAAGCCGAGAGGAGAAGCAUUUCUUCUCUGGAUAAUGCGACCCCGGCUCUAAAGAGUGUUGCAAAGAAUGUCACUUUCGAACUCCACUUCGGAUCACUCCAAUCGGGUGCACGCUCAUUUAUUCGAGUUCAGAUUGUCCCCGAUGACACUACCGAUACCAUCGUAUCAGCUAUCGAGAACUAUGAUAGUCGUUAUAAGAGUCUCAUUACUUCAAAAAAGCUAAACUUCAAGGACAAGCAUGGUAGAACCCUCAUCCCUCGUUACGAAAAUCUCCAAAACAACGCGGUCGUUAACGUUAAUAUUGACGAUGAAUCAACACAAUCUUCUGGUGCACUUGAUACUAUGACCUCAGACGCCAGUCAUGAAGGGUCAAGCAAUGCCAAUGCCACCUCUACCCUUUCUCCUAACAACCGACCAACUCUUCCUUCCAAUGUAAACGUAAGGGAUUUAGACGAGUUAUACCUACUCAUUCUUCAGCCAGGGAAGGAGCCAUGCUUCCGUCUGAAAGAAUGGUAUUAUAACUCUCCAGAACUUCACAAGCCGAAUGAAUUCUAUCUCGACAGGCAUGACUCCACCGAAAAUACAUAUUCUUGCUACUAUCCGGAUGACGGCUGCUGGGAGGACAAUUCGCGCCCUGUAUUUGCUACAGCAUCUGAGUUAGAAAGCCAUUAUGAGAAUGUGCAUCACGGGACGUACCUCAGGCUCUCUUGCGACUACCGAGGAUGCGUGUGGGGACGUGAGUACCCAUUUGCUACAAAAGAAAUGCGUCGAGAUCACUAUUCAAUGGCCCACGGAGAUAUUCUUGUGAACUUCAAGUCUUAUUCUCAGGAAGAAAAAUGUCAACUGGAAGCUGAACGCAACAUUCGUUUGUGCACUUGGCGUUGUGCAAAGUGUUUGUAUAGGAUGGGUGACAAAAUCGAUAACUGGACUUGCCCCCUUUGCAAUAUUGGAGGUGGCGAAUGGCUUGUCGCCGGGAUGGAACCAAUAACAUCGAGUGCUCAAGAGGCUAUCUACCGAAAGAUUCAGGAGGACGAACUCCUUACCCUUGCUACUAUCUACGGAGAAGAUUUUCAAAAAAGAGAGGUCGUCGAUGGUCGGAGCCCGGCUCUCGAAAUAAUACUCAGAACUAGUGAUCCGGACAUAUGGGUAUCUCUCAAUGUGCGUUUCCAGGAGGCUUAUCCAAAUGAUCCGCCGAUUGUGAGCUUGGGGGAUAUAACAACCAAUCUGGAAGUGAAUAGCCCUUCUUGUAUCUGCAUGUUGCAAGAUGUCAUCACAAACAAGACCAAGGAGCUAGCUGGUGGGGAGGAGGGUAUUAUUGUGGAUAUUGUGAACGCAUGUCGAGAAGUUCUUGAAACCCAAAUUCGAGCUCGGGCUAGCAAGUAG